AUUCAGAGUGCGCGGUCCCACCCCUCCCAAAUCCCCAAAUCGCCACUACGAACGACGUUGCGACUGCAGCAAGUACUAGUAUAUUGAAAGUGCUUCAUGGCGUAGUCUUAGUAUCCUGUUCUGUUCAGAGUAGGAUUUGGUUUGGUUUGUUUGAACGCCUUUUGGGCUUACACCCAAGUCCCUCCGACUGACCUGGGUGGUGGACGUUGUGGGGAGCCGCUCGUUUUGGCAAGUACCAACUAUGUUUACUCAUGCGACCCCGUCAUCAUCAACUCUGGCAACGACGACCUCUCCGUCUUCCACAGCAUCUCCCUCACGAUCCAGCCGACUUCGCGGCCUAAGCUAUCUUCGAAACUACACCCAUAGCCACCUCUACACACGAGACAGCCCGUCUGCAUCAUCACCUGCCACAAGAUCUGAAUCCCCGUUGACUCGAGCUACAAGCAACCCCUCUCAAUCCUCAGCCUCAUUUGACACUGCCGAAUUUGAGUCGGCGGCGCUUGUUGUGACUUCCGAGGGCCUUUCAACCCAGCCCACAACGACAGUCGAGUCACCUACAAUACAAAUCUCUCCCGAUACGGCCUUUGCAAGAAGUGGUUGGCCUACAACAGUAGGCGGCCAAAGUGUGACCUCCUCUAUACUUCACCGAGAACCGGGAGCAGAUCGAGAAGAGCCACCCAUGGCCCGGACACGCUCUGGCAGCGCCACAAUGCGAGAAGCGGGGUCUGAUAUUUCACAAAUAAACGGUGGGACAGACCCCCAUCUUCACGGCUCUCCGCCUCCGUCAGGACCUUUACAUGGCCUGGAGAGCAAGCCUACGAUACGGUUUUCCCAGCAUCAGGACGCUCGCGCCCCGAGACCGUCGUUGAUAUUCAGCCCCAUGGGCCGCACACUGCCAACAGGGAAGGAGAUUAUACGCGUGGGGAGGUACUCAGAACGAGAGACACAGCCCAACCAACCUGCCAAUCUGUCGACUGCUGCGCCUGUUGGCUUUAAGUCCAAGGUAGUCAGCCGCAGGCACUGCGAGUUCUGGGCACAAGAUGGGGAAUGGUUUAUCAAAGACGUCAAGAGCUCGUCCGGAACGUUCCUGAACCAUGUCAGGUUGAGCUCCCCCGGGACGGAGAGCAAGCCAUUUCCAGUGAAAAAUGGAGAUAUUGUUCAGUUGGGGAUCGAUUUCAAGGGCGGCGAGGAAAUGAUAUUCCGAUGCGUGAAGAUUCGCAUUGAAGUUAACAGGGCAUGGCAGACCGGAAUAAACAGUUUCAAUGUGGCAUCCCACCAACGCUUGCAAAACAUGGCGAAACAGAUACAGUCCACAACUGGAACGUCCUCUCAGGACUGUUCCAUCUGCUUGGGCGCAGUUGCUCCCUGCCAAUCUCUCUUUGUUGCACCAUGCUCGCACACGUGGCACUACAAAUGCGUCCGGCGAAUUAUCAAUGGCCCACAUUGGCCUCACUUUGUGUGCCCCAACUGUCGAGCAGUUGCUGACCUCGACGCGGACGUGGAUGAACCGACAGAAGGCGAGUGGGAGGAGCUGAAACCAUCAGACCUGGAGGCCAAUACUACACGCGAGCGCCAGGUUUCUUCAGAAGAGGAUGAAGUACCACAACCAAUUUCCCCACCAGGCAUCCCCGACCCCCGAAAUUUGAGUCAAGUACCGACGACCCACGUUGAGCCAGUUUCGAAUGGUUCACAGGGAGGUUAUUCAUCGGAAGAACUCAUGGCCAAUCUUGAUAUCAACGACCGGGGUAGAGAAACCGAAGCUAGGAGCGAACAGUCCGGAUUGAGCGCCCCGAUUGAUAUUGCACGAUCGAACCGGUCGGCUUCAAAACGUGGCAGCGAUGACGAAAGUGGAGAUCGACGAACGCCAAGCCCAGGACAUAGAAGUCUGGAUGUUUUGUCGGGGGCUGACGGACCCAUGACUCCUCGAAAUGACGCCGGACCAUUUAUUUUUGAUGGAAGUGGUGGACACAGAGUUGCAGCACAGGCAGCUACCCCAAAUAUGGGCGCAGUCGUGGAGUCGCCGCCUCCAUCGCCCUAGCUGCUACGAUAAAUACAGGACUACACGAAAUUAUCCCACGGUAUACUACAUAACACAGGAACAAAUACUAUGUAACAUUACAAAACUCUUAAUGACAACCAUUACGUUCAAUUCAACCACAACGAGGUAUAUAAGCAUUAUAACGCCGUUAGAGGCUAUGUGGGAGGACUUUGAACGUUUCUAGUACAUGGCUAGGACGGACAGGCGGGAGCAUAGGGCUAAUAGUUCUGUUUAAUCUUAUGUUUUCAGGGGCGGUAUUAUAGGCUGGAGUUACAUUUUGCAUAGCGCUAAAUACCAAUCAACAGUUUUGAGUUUUCAUUCUCCAUCGGCGUAUGCUUGCAUUUAUAG